AGUAUGGCAAGUGUCAUGUUUACUAAAGCUACGUUUCACAACAGCAAAGCAGAUUUUGUUGCAAGCUAUUUAUCUUAGUGCUCAAAACAUUUUAUCGAAGUUAAACUGCUGCUGGUUGAUGACAGUUUGAGAUGGGAGGACGACCUCUGUGAGCCUGUAGGUUCAACCCAGGAGUCAUGGAAAGGUCUACAGCUUCUGAUAUGGCCUCUGAAAAACCAAACCCUUCUCACCACAGUACAGGGGCUGUUCAAAUGAGGAUCAAAAGUGCCAACAGUCACCAUGAUAGACUGAGCCAAAGCAAAUCUAUGAUUCUUUCUGAGAACGUAAAGGUUGCUGAACCUGUAAAUCGUCAUAGAAGAAAUCAUUCCCAACAUAACUUAACACUUGCAGACAUCAUUAGUACACAGGACCACACGGUAGUGGAGAAAGAAGGAUAUCUUCUGAAAGCUAAAAUAGCAGAUGGUGGCAAGAAAUUAAGGAAAAACUGGUCCACGUCUUGGAUUGUUCUUACUGCUCGGAAAAUGGAAUUCUACAAAGAAUCCAAACAGCCCGCGCUGGCCAAUCUGAAACCAGGAUAUAAACCUGAGUGUGUGGAUUUGUGCGGUGCUCGCAUUGAGUGGACCACAGAGAAAUCCAGCAGAAAGAAUGUCUUUCAGAUCACCACGCUCUCGGGAAACGAGUUCCUUCUGCAGUCGGAUAUCGACUUCCUCAUAUUGGAUUGGUUCCACGCUAUCAAAAAUGCAAUUGACAGAUUGCCCAAAGAACAGAGUUGUACAUCGAGGAAUUUGGAAUUCAAACUCAAAAGAUCCUCCAGCAUCGAAUUACUGAAUAGCUUAGAUACCGAAUCCAAAGAACCAAAGGCUGAACACAGAAAAUCUUUAAUUUUCAGACUGAACUACAGUGCCUCUGACACAAAUGACAGAAAUCGAGUUAAAAGCAGAUUAAAGAAGUUUAUCUCUCGAAGACCCUCCUUGAAAACAUUGCAAGAAAAGGGACUUAUUAAAGAUCAAAUUUUUGGCUCCCAUUUGCACUUGGUCUGUGAGCACGAAAAUUCCACAGUCCCCCAAUUUGUAAGACUUUGUAUAGAAGCUGUUGAAAGAAGAGGUCUAGAUGUUGAUGGAAUAUACAGAGUUAGCGGCAAUCUGGCAACAAUACAGAAGUUACGAUUUGUUGUCAAUCAGGAAGAGAAGCUGAAUUUGGACGACAGCCAGUGGGAGGACAUCCACGUUGUCACCGGAGCACUCAAGAUGUUUUUCAGAGAGCUGCCUGAGCCGCUGUUCCCAUACUGCUUCUUUGAACAGUUUGUGGAGGCGAUAAAAAUCCCGGACAACGCCAUUCGCAUUAAAUCCAUAAAGAGACUCGUAAAAAAGCUCCCUAGACCAAACUACGAGACAAUGAAAAUCCUCUUUGAACAUCUAAAGAAGAUAGCAGCCAAGGAAUCCGUGAAUCUUAUGUCAACACAAAGCUUAGGAAUUGUGUUUGGACCAACACUCCUUAGACCUGAAAAGGAGACAGGGAACAUGGCAGUCCACAUGCUGUACCAAAAUCAGAUAGUUGAACUUAUGUUGAGCGAGUACAGCAAGAUCUUCGGCUCUGAGGAAGACUGACAGACAGGGCCUGUUAUUGAAAACGUUCACAUCUGUCUUGAUGUCUAAUAUUUUUACAUUUCUGUAAACAUAUUUCUGAAAUAUUUCUUUUUCUUUCAAGUGACAGAUGCCUCAUUUUGUGAAAACUUAAUGAUGAUUUUGUGUUUAAUUUUCAAACAUUGGAAUAAAAAAUAUUGUCAACAUUUGCCUAUAUGUAUUCUGCAUUAACCCUUUGAGAGUUUCAUUAUGCUAACACUCCAAGUGUCAUUUUUUUUCAAGCUGAGCAUACAGCAUAUGGCCAAAGACCAUAGGAAAUGCUGUUCACCAACAUAUGCAAUGGCACAGAAAGACAAAUUGUAAUUGAGGAUAUUUGUGGAAAAUGGAUUAAAAUAUAUAAUAAAAGCUAUGAAUUAAAACAGAGAUAUUACAUCGUUUGUAGUUAAUCUGUGUAAAAGUUACCUGUUCUCUUUGUUAUAUAUUGAAAGUUAAAGACAAGAUGAAUAACCAAUUCUCCCAUCCUAAGAGUUCAAAAAAAAUUACAUUUAAUACUUCUAAAGUUUUUUUUUUUUUUUAAGUCUAACUAUUUGCAGAAUAGUGCCUAAAAAUUAAAAACAAAACUGGAACUUUGGCAUUUUUACUUGAAUGCAGUGCAUGACAUGAAGACAUUGCAUGACUGCUCAUUUUAAUGUAACAUCCAUUUUGAUUCUUCAUCACACUGUACAUCUGCCCGCUUUCCCCAGCUAUCUCAUGUUCUGUAGCAUUUGUAUUGUGCUCCUGAGGAUGCUUUAUUGGUGAACUACAUUAAAUUCAUCUAGAAAGAACUUUAAAAAAAGCCUUUUCAUAUGCCCUUAGGAUUACUUGGCUAGACUUGAAUCAAUUUAUGCAUUUGAUGGUUAGUUUCAGUUGUCAUGGAUAAACAAAAGGGUAACUGUCUAGAAUAUAUCAAAUAUUGUUUCAUUUUGAAAUGUAUGUUUCCAGCUAUACACAUCUCCUACCCUGUUUUGUAAAAGUAUUCUGCUGAUAAAAUGUAGACUUAUGUUUGACAGCUUUUUAAUCAAGUUCAAAGAGAAUAAAUAAAACUAAUCCAGUGUGGUAAA